AUGGCUCACGAGACCGUCAUAAACAACGUGAGAAGUUCCUACUACAUACCACGUCUUCGGGUAUUGUACAAAGCGGUGCGACACUCCUGUCAGAAGCGCAAAAUUCACUCAGCGGUACCUACACCUCCACAGAUGGCACCGAUACCUGUUGCAGGACUGGCCAGCUUCGCCAAGCCGUUCACUUAUACCGGCGUAGACUAUUUCGGGCCGAUAUUUGUGAAUGUUGGCAGACACAAAGAGAAGAGAUGGGUCGUGCUUUUCACGUGCUUGACUCUCCGUGCAGUACAUUUUGAGAUAGCCUACAGCCUGGACACUAGUUCUUGCAUCAUGUGCCUACGUAAUUUUAUGGCAAGACGAGGCACUCCGACGGAAAUUUAUUCCGACAAUGGCACGAAUUUUAAAGCCACAGAAAAGCUAGUUCGUGAAAAGCUCAUCGAAAUCGACUUCGACAAAAUUUCCGUUAAAUACACCCGUAUAAUAUGGCGCUUUAAUUCACCCAGUGCCCCACAUAUGGGAGGAGUGUGGGAGCGUCUCGUCCGGUCAGCGAAAACCACAUUACGAAGCAUCUGUCCCUCAUAUCCAUUCAACGAUGAAGGUCUACGUUGCGCAUUGAUGGAAUCCGAAUUCAUCAUAAAUUCACACCCACUUACCUUUGUGAGCCUCGAAUCGAUUGACGACACUGCAUUAACCCCCAACCAUUUACUACUCGGCUCGGCGGAUGGGUAUAAGCCUGCUUGCAUUAACAACAUGGAUGUCAGGCAGCGUUGGCGUCGAGUGCAACUAUUCGGAGAUUCCUUUUGGCAGCGUUGGGUAAAGGAAUAUACGCCAGUGCUCACGAGACGAAAUAAAUGGUUCCAGAAAUUAACACCUCUGGCUGUUGACGAUAUUGUAAUCGUCGUAGAUGAAAACCUGCCACGAAAUAUGUGGCCCAAAGGUCGAGUAAUCAGCACAGUGAUAGUGAAGGAUGGUCAAGUUAGACGAGUAACCAUAAAGACAAAUCUAGGAGUAAUGGAGAGACCGGCGACGAAGGUAGCUAAGCUGGAUGUCGGCUCAGAAGAUGGUAAAUAA